AUGGUUGUCAAAAGGCCUGAGCAGGAAGAAAGAAAAAAAGAACAACCCUUUGAGGAUGUCCAGCAGGUGGAUGACACAGAGGAGCUCCAUCCAAUGCUACGAUCGAAAGCAAAGACUGUACCUGCCGGUACCCGCAAAAAAUGGACCCCUGAAGAAGUCGCAGAGUUGGAGGUUCUUGAGUCGGAGGUCUCGGCGGUCCCGGAGUUGGAGGUUCCUGAGUCAGAGGUCCCAGCGGUUCUGGUGGCUCGAGGGUCGACCGCCAUCGCCUCCUCCUUAUUGCCUGGGUCGUCACCCGCCUCCUUCUCAUCGCCUGGGCCAUCACCCGCUUCCUCCUCAUCGCCUGGGCCGUCACCCUCUUCCUCCUCCUUGCCUGGGUCAUCACCCGCCUCCUCCUCAUUGCCUGGGUCGUCACCCGCCACCUCCUCUUUGCCUGGGUCGUCACCCGCCUCCUCCUCCUUGCCUGGCAUUCUGGCUCCGGCAACCUCCGCUGGCUCCUCAUCUGCUCCUGUUUCCUCCCUGGGCUCCGCCCCCACCUUUAGGACUCCCGUGGACCUGGGGGGCUUCCUGAGCCAUCCCCUGGAUGUCCUGCUCCCAUGUACGACAACAGUGCCAACACAAACACUAUCGUCAGCAGUGCCACAAACGCCAACAAUAUGA